AUGGCUGGAGACUUACGAGUCACGUGGAAACCUUCUCCCCUCCCUCCCACUAUCAACAUCCAAACUCAAACACCAUAACUAUUUUCAAGUUUCACCCUUUUGAUUGUUUGAUAACUGCCACAUGAUUUCAUGCCUCAUCUUGGCUUUAGACAGAUGCACAUACAGAUCACAUUCAAAAGUGCUUUCUUGGUUUCCCUGCAACAGUCCUUUGUCUCCUUCUCCACACAAACAGAAACAUAUUUGUAAAAAGAUAUAGAUUCAAAGUUUCAAACUAAACAUAAGAAUAGAGAGACGUUUCUCAGAGUCCAAAUACACGCGACUCUUUUCACUUUCUCUGUAAAAAGUGGACAUGAAUCUUGCUCUUCUGUUAAUACCCAUGUGGGUGUCAACCACCAGUUUGUUGGUAACCGUAAUUGAAGCCAGAGCAAAGCCAACAAGUUCCACCAUUUCUGGUCACAUUAUCCUUGUUGAGGAAGAACCCAUCACUCAGUUUUCUGCAAAAAUGGAAGCUCAAUCUCCAGGAUUGCCUGAGGUUAGAGUAGUUCACCAUCAAGAUUUGAACAAGAGUAUUCUUAUAGCACUCAUUAUUGCUUCCACACUCCUUGGAGGAAUCUUGCUGUUCCUGUCGUGUUUUUGGAUCUAUAGACAGAAAACCUUGAAACAUUCCAAUGGGAAAAAGGGAAAGCCAAUUGAGGCUGCAAAGGGGAUGCAAUUCAAUCCAAUGACGGUUGAAUUUAAUUCCUUGCGAAUGGGGAGUAGGAAGGGUUCAGUUGCAAUAUUCAAUUAUCAAUCGCUUGAAGAUGCAACAAACAAUUUCAACCAAAGUAAUGUUUUGAGUGAGGAUGGUUCUGGACUUCUUUACAGAGCUAGUUUUGAUGACAAACUUAUUGCAGCUGUUAAGAAAGUAAAUAGUGAAGGUCCGGAUUCUGAUAGAGAAUUUAAGAAUGAGGUGAACUUGUUGAGCAAAAUCAAGCAUCAAAACAUCAUUAGACUUUUGGGUUACUGCAUUCACUGCGAAGCAAGGUUUCUUGUUUAUGACAUGAUGCAGAAUGGGUCCUUAGAAACUCAGUUAUAUGGACCUAAUCAUGGGUCAGCUUUGACUUGGCAUCUACGGUUGAAAAUCGCUGUUGAUGUUUCCAGGGGAUUGGAAUAUCUUCAUGAGCACUGUAAUCCCCCUGUGGUCCAUAGAGGCCUAAAAUCAUCUAACAUUCUUCUGGAUUCAAAAUUUAGCGCUAAGCUUUCAGAUUUUGGUCUUGCUGUAACUGCUGGGAUGAAGGAUAAGGACAACAUAAAGCUGUCAGGAACUUCGGAUUAUGUAGCACCAGAGUACAUUUUGGAUGGUCAGUUAACUGAUAAAAGUGAUGUCUAUGCUUUUGGAGUUGUCCUUUUGGAGCUCUUGAUGGGAAGAAAAUCGGUGGAAAAUAAAGCCGGAGCUGAAAGCCAAUCCAUAGUCACAUGGGCCAUGCCUCAGCUCACUGAUAGAUCAAGGCUUCCAAACAUUGUGGAUUCUGUGAUAAAAGAUACUAUGGAUUUAAAACAUCUGUACCAGGUCGCUGCUGUGGCAGUACUAUGUGUACAACCUGAACCAAGUUACAGGCCAUUGAUAACAGAUGUUCUGCACUCGCUAAUCCCUCUCGUCCCUAUCGAGCUUGGAGGGUCAUUGAGGAUUGCAGACUAUGUACCCUCAGCCUGAGCCAAGCCUUCCACCGAUAAACGGUGCUCUAGCACUUGUAUACAUAAUCCAGGCUAAAGACGGUCGCCUUUCUUAUUGCUGGAGGAGGAUGGCUCGAAUCUUUGGAUAGCUUUCCUUGUGUUCUGGUCAUCAUUUUUGUAUAUUUUCCUCAAAGGAUUCAGAUCCAAGAAAGUGUUGCUCCGAAAAAUAGAAGAAGAGCUUGUUGUUGCUCCAGUUGUAAAUUGAAUCAAAUUGAAAGUAGACAUUUCAUAGCAAUCCUAAAUUUCUUUUUCUUUUUCC